AUGAUCUACGACAUGCGAAUCUACGACCUGCAGCCCGGCUCGGUGCCGCAGUACAUGAAAGCCGUCGAAGAGGUUGCCAUCAAGAUACGCGACGACUACGGCGUCAAGCUCGCCGGCUGGUACUACACCGACAUCGGCCCCCUGAACCGCAUCGUCCACAUCUGGGCCUAUGAAGACUACACCCACUUCGAGAAGGCGCGCGAGCAGGUGCGCUCAGACCCGCGCUGGAAUAACGAAUACAUGCCCCGCGUCAGAGGCCUCGCGGUCAAGCAGCAGGACAUGAUAAUGAAAGGCGCCGACUUCUUCCCCGGCCCGCAAUAG